AAGGCUACUCCACGCUUCCGACACCGCAUUUGUCCCUUCUACCGGCAAACUCGUUUCGCAAACGUAACGCCGAAUCGUCUGGCCGGAAAGAAUCACAUCUCCACUCCGGAACGCCAAACGACGUACCGCACGUCCGAUAGGACGAACAGCAGAGACGAGGCGACGAGGGACCCCGAUUACUCUCUCUUUUUCGGCCGGCCAGAAGGAGUCGACAACAAAGAUGAACCACUUCGCCAGAACGACUUUUUCGUGGAUUUCCCUUGA